AUGUCCACAGCUUCCGGAGGCAGAUCUCACCGUGCUACUUCGUCGACGGUAGAUUCAGACUUGAUUCUACUUCGGAGAGCGUCUUCUACGUCCAAACCCGCCGUCUCCGGCUCCGAUAUCGAGAGUAUCUCGCCAGAACCCAUGAAGGGUUCACCCGCAAUCGCCCCAAUGACGCAAAGCCAGAGAUCUCGAUACCUGAAAACAGGUGGAAUACUCGGGUUUCUAAUAUUCUUAAUAUAUGUCCUCUCGCCCUCUUCACAGCCGCAGCGUCUCCCCACCACCGGGCCAGAUUCGUCGAUGAAAUGUACGAAACCCCACGACGCCUCCAAGCCCCUCAUCCAGUAUGCGUUGAUGAUCGAUGCUGGUAGCACUGGUUCAAGAAUCCAUGUAUACCGUUUCAACAACUGUGGCCCGACUCCGGCUCUGGAGAACGAGGAGUUUAAGAUGACUGAGAAGAAGGAGGGUGGCUCCGGGCUCAGUUCAUACCGCGAAGACGCUGAAGGCGCCGCUAAGAGUCUUGAUCCCCUGAUGGAAGUUGCCUUGAAGGCCGUUCCGGAAGAAUACCGAUCCUGUUCUCCCGUUGCCGUCAAAGCAACCGCUGGACUACGAAUGCUAGGCGCAGAAAUGAGUGACAAGAUCUUGAAAGCCGUUAGAACACGCUUGGAAACCGUCUAUCCGUUCCCAGUGGUCUCAGAAAAACAAGGUGGAGUUGAGAUCAUGGAGGGUAAGGAUGAAGGUGUCUAUGCCUGGAUUACGACAAACUACCUGCUUGGAAACAUCGGAUCACCAGAGGAGACCCCAACUGCCGCAAUCUUCGACCUCGGAGGUGGUUCUACCCAGAUCGUUUUCCAGCCUACCUUCAAGGGCAAGGGACCGGAUGGUCUCCCCGAAAAGAUGCCCGAGGGAGAUCACAUUUAUUCUCUCAAGUUCGGCGGUAGAGAUUUCACUCUUUACCAGCACUCUCAUCUCGGAUACGGUCUAAUGGCCGCCAGAAAAGCGAUCCAUCGUCACCUCAUCGAAGCCAAGCAUGAACUGAGCCCCAACGACAAAGGCUGGCUUAGCCAGAAAGUGGUCAAUCCAUGUAUCGUUCCUGGAAUGUCCCGCAGUGUCAACGUUACUCUCAGCGACGGCCAUGACCUAGGCAAGGAAGUCGAAGUACUCAUGGUCGGCCCCAAAGAUCCCUCAGCUGCGCAAUGCCGAAAUGUGGCCGAGAAGAUCCUCAAGAAGGACGCAGAGUGCAACCUUGCCCCUUGCUCGUUCAACGGAAUCCAUCAACCCUCUCUACGCAAGACCUUCGCUCAAGAGGAUAUUUUCAUCUUCUCUUACUUCUACGACCGCACUUUCCCCUUGGGAAUGCCCGACUCGUUCACCCUCCAUGACCUUCAUGAGUUAACGUCAACUGUCUGUGGAGGUGAAGCCAGCUGGGGCGUUUUCCAGCCAAACAGCACGGCCAUGAAAGAGCUCAUCGACCGUCCCGAGUACUGCUUGGACCUUAACUUCAUGCUCGCGCUUUUGCAUACCGGCUAUGAAAUGCCUCUCCACAGAGAAGUCAAGACCGCCAAGAAGAUUGACGGAAACGAACUUGGAUGGUGCCUAGGUGCCAGUCUUCCUCUCCUCAGCAAGAACUCUGGAUGGGAAUGCCGCAUCAAGCAGAUUAAUUAA